GGCCACGGGCAGCGAGCUGGGGCCGCAAGGCCACCACCAGGAGCGGACCCCGACGGUGCCCGCCAUGCAGAAGCACUACGACGUACACUUCACCAAGGGCGCCCGCACCUCCAACGAACGCUGCUUCUUGGAUCCUGAGCUGGGGAACCAAAGAGGAUGCCGUCAUCACUGGUGCCAGGACCCAGCGGCUGCUCGAGCCCGUGGGCCCUGUCGGCCAUCCCCUCAGGCUCACUGGCAACAGGCUUACCAUGGCCACCGGGGAGGCGGCAGCUGUCGCCGGGGUCCCCAGAACCCUGUUCUGCAGCAGCAGCGGCGGCAGCAGCAGCAGCAGAAGCAGCAGUCCCUACCCCCACCUCCAAGCCCCCCUUGGCAGCGGGUCUGUCCAGUUCAUGGGGCCCAGAAGGGGCCGCCUGCGACCACCGCUGCCCCCAUGGGACCAGCCAGCGCCCCCCAGCCACCCCCAGCACCUGCCACCACCUCACCCACCGCGUUACCCGCCAUGGCCAGCAGCAGCCCGGCCCCGCCCGCCGCCGCCGGUGUCCUCUUGGAGCCCAGCGAGCCCACCGAGGCGCGGCCCCUGCCAGCCCCCGCCGCCUGUGGCUCCUUCACCACCUACAGCGCUGACAUCCUGACAGAGGACGAUAUCUACUGCAGCUGCCUGGCCAAGACUCUCUGCCACGUGCCCGUCCCUGUGACUGUGGGCUUCUACGCGCCCUUUGGCUGCCGCCUGCAUAUGAUGUUGGACAAGAUAACCAUGCUGAUGCAGCAGGAGGCCCUGCAGCGCGAAACGGAGGAGCUGCAGCACGUGCAGGGGCGCCCGCGGCCCGUGCACGGCUGGGGCGUCCCGCAGCUGCUGUGGUACCUGGUGUUCCUGCAGCCCAUCAUCACGGAGCUGCACCUGCGGCGCCGCAACGUGCAGUUCCUCUUCAUCCGCUUCAGCGCCUGGCAGUACGAGGGCACGGACAAGCUGUGGGCAGGCCUGGUGACGACGCUGUGCGAGGGCAUCCGGCGCCACUACGGCGCGCUGCCCUUCAGCGUGUACUCGGUGCUGGGCAACAAGCCCAGCACGGCGACCACGGGCUGCUGCGAGCGCGAGUGGCAUUGCCGCCGCCGCGUGUGCCUGGCGCUGCUGGCGCUGCUGGCCGCGCUGUGUCUCGGGGUGGGGUUGCUCUACCUGUCCCUGGGGGGGCACGGCUCCGGGGUCCACGGAGGGCCCAGCGGGAGCGUGCUCAAGGUGUUCGGGGGCGCGGCCACCACGCUGUCGGGGUCGGGGCUGCUCAUGGCCGUGUACUCGGUGGGCAAGCACGUGUUCGUGAGCCAGCGCAAGAAGAUCGAGCGGCUGGUGUCGCGCGAGAAGUUCGGCAGCCAGCUGGGCUUCAUGUGCGAGGUGAAGAAGGAGGUGGAGCUGCUCACCGACUUCCUGUGCUUCCUGGAGAUCUACCAGCGGCGGCGCCUGCGCGUGGUGCUCGAGGUCACCGGGCUGGACACGUGCUACCCGGAGCGCGUGGUGGGCGUGCUGAACGCCAUCAACACUUUGCUGUCCGACAGCCACGCGCCCUUCAUCUUCAUCCUGGUGGUGGACCCCAGCAUCCUGGCGGCGUGCCUCGAGAGCGCGGGCAACAUGAAGGGCACGGCGGACAACGGCUACCUGUUCCUCAACCGCACCGUCACGCUGCCCUUCUCGGUGCCCAUCAUGGGACGCCGCACCAAGCUGCAGUUUCUGCACGACGCCGUGCGGAGCCGCGACGACCUGCUCUUCCGCGAGCUCACUCACAAGCUGCGCUGGCCCGGCGACGGGGACCAGGGAGGGGACGAGGGCGCGCAGCUGCUGGCGGUGGAGACGCAGCCGGCGGGCUCCGAGCGCGCGCAGGGCCGCAUCGACGCCGAGGCGGCGCGGCGCAUCCAGGAGGCCCUGCUGUGCCUGCACGACGAGCGCGACUGCCUCUACGAGUACGUGCCGGACAACGUGGUGUCCAUGCGGCGCAUCGUCAACACGGUGCCCAUCACCGUGCGCCUGCUGCAGCAGCAGCAGCAGCAGGCGGGCCGCGCGGGCCCCACGCCGCGCCAGGCCGUGGCGUGGGUCGUGCUCGCCAACCAGUGGCCUUGCCGCCUCAGCUGGGUGCUGCAGUGCCUCGAGGACCGGCAGCAGGCCGGGGGCGCGCCCGACGGCCGAGCUCGCCUCUGGGACGUGUUCUGCGACAACAGCCGCGAGCUGCACACCAUGACCAAGGCGCUGCAGAACGUGCUCGACCUGGACGGCGACCCCGAGCUCUUCGAGCGCUUCCUGGGCGCCGACUUCCCCUUCACCGUGGCCGAGGCGCAGAGCUUGCUGCGCUGCACCGUCAACCUGGACCACUCCAUCCGCCGACGCAUGGGCCUCAUCCGGGCCGUCAGCGCGCUCAAACCGCCCAGCCCGCCCAAGUCUCCAGCCAGGGACGCCCCCCACGCCGCACCCGGAGCCGGUAACGCCGCAGGGGCGUCCCCGGGCCACGGCGCGGGGCACACCAGUGGAGCGCAUCCGAGAGACCGGACUCACGGGGGCAAACCGAGACCAAUGUCCUGA